UUUGUUUGUGUGUGUUUGUGUAGAAAUAGGACAAUCAUCGCUUGUUCGUGUCUGGAGGAGGAGAGAGUGGGUGAGUUGAAGGGACGGGACGGGAGGAAAAAAAUAAUGAAGUUGUGUGUUUGGGAGCUCUCAACAUAUGUAUUAGCUUUGCUGUCUGUCUCACAAAGAUACACUCAUUAUGAGGAGUAAAUGGUGCACUGUGAAGAGAGGAGAAUGGCCUCCCUCUUACUAAAGCUUGGAUGCUUCUAUCCCCUACUGUACUGUAGCAAGCAGGGCUGGAUCGCUAAAGGCAGACAAAAACAGGCUGUCCUGCAACAAAUUAACAAUAACUACCGUCUUUCACCUUCAUUUGAAUUGAUAAUCCAGGGUAAUUAUUAACUUCCACAGUUUAGACCGUACACCCUCCAGGUUUCUUUGCAGACACUUUGAUGUAGUGAGUACUCUCCAUUCAUUGGGUGCUGUACGUGUUUCAGACGGCACUCCCGAAUGGCUUCUCUGCCUUUUAGGACACAGUGGCGGAGUUCCAGGAUGUCUUUAUUGCAGUUCCACUGAUCCGGCUAUCAGAUCUAACAGCGACUGGAAAUCACUUUCAUAUCAUAGCCUGUCGCUGUCUUCUGAGAUCUGCAGCGCAACUACAAAAACCACAGCAUGUUAUGGGGGGGGAGAGAGGAUGUGGGAGAGACAGAGGCUGCAGGGGGAGACUGAAUGCGAUGACGGUGACAUAAUUUCCAUCCAUUUUUUAUUUUUCUGUCUUUGUUCAAUUUUGCAUGGGCCCUAUGCUAGCUUCGGGCAGCCAGGCUUCGAACGAAAUAACAUUUGGAAGUGUGGCCCCUGGAGAAUAACCCUGUGCUGGUCUCUUCCCAGAGCCACUGUGUCUAACAACACCACAUAGACCCAUGUGUUUUGGCUAGCAAUAUAAACCUCGGACCAUGGACCUGAGCUUGCAUGACGCUCUCACGGAUGGGGCGCCCCAGUUGGGCCCGGACAACCCGGUGAGGAGGGACUUCAUGGCUUCCCUGGAGAAAGAGACCUUUGAUGACAAAGUAGGCGAGACUGUGGGAAAGACUGACUACCGCCCUCUGCUGGAUGGGAAGGAUGGUAAAGGUUCCAGUAUGAUGCCAGGAGGACAGAUGGGGACUGGGAUGCAGCGGCAGGAACCAAUGGGAGAGAAGCGUCCCUGUCCAACUGGACAACAGUCUGCCUUCAAUGCUGACUACCUUUCAGGCCCAGUGUCUAGUAUGAUGGGAAUGCCUGGUGAGGGGAACCAGAACAAAGGAAUGAAGGACAGCAACAUGCCAGACUCUUUCAUGGAAGUUUGGACAAACCCAAAAUCCUGGGCAGGUGGUGAAUCCAGGCUGCAAGCCUCAGAGGGUCUCAGCCUCUCCUCCAGCAACUCAGUGGAGGAGAGCCCCUACUCCGACCCCCUCAGCCCCCACGGCUCCCAGGGCCAGGAGACCGGCUCUGGGGACGAGAGGGGGAGUGAAGGGGUCAACAGCAGCAGCAAGCAGCAGAAGAGGAAGAAGAAGAAAAGGAGGUCCAGGGAGGAGGUGUAUGACUUCUUGGACAGGCAGGAGGCUCCCGAUGCAAAGGAGGAGGAGGGCGAGACAGAGAGCGGAGCCUCAGACGGCCCUCUGAGCCCAUCCUCCCCGAGCAAGGAGGAGAGCUGGGAGUGUGAGAUCCGAGGGAGGGGUGGGGGUAGGGUCAGGGGCAGGAAGAAUAAGAGCAGGAUGAAGCUCCCAGAGGAGUGGGGGCCGACACCUCAUGCCACACAAGCGUCAGUGGCCUUGGAGUCUGCAAUGGCAAAUGCCUCUGGUCCCUUAAGUUCAACCCUGGAGAACAUCUCCUCCCUAGUAGCCGGACCCCAGACUAACCCCUUUAGCAGUUUUAUAGAGGACACCAAACCCUCUCACACCCCCACUGCCCCACCCCUCACUGAGAACCCCAAACCCAGUCACAUCCUCACCACAGACCCUGCCCUUACAGACACUUUAAUUAGUAACCUUAACAUGUUUGAGCAACCUUCCCCUGCCAAGGUAAACAUGGACUGGGAGGCUGAGACCCCCGUUAAAAACACUGCCUCUGCCCUCCAUUAUGAACCCAUGUGUAUUGAUGACUUUAAAAUGCCCCCUCCCUUAGCCACUAAAGAUGUUCUACCUCCCAAGAAGGAUGAGGCGGCAAAGUCUUUCUCUGAUCAUGGUCGUCCUGAGGUCAUGUCGUCUACUUCUGACCCGAAGCAGCUGGGCCCUCAGAGCUCCCCGGCUCUCAGCCCCCAGGUCUCGAAGACCUUCCUCUUCCUAGACUCUGCCCUGCAGACCCCCCAAGCCAGCACUCCUGCUUCACAGCCCCAGUCCCAGACCACCACACCCCAGGUCCCUCCUCCAAACACCACCACCUCCUCCUCUUUCCAGACCACUCCUCCUCCACUGUUUAGCCACUCAUCCCAGCCUGGUCACGACACUCCCAGUCCCCGCCCUGCAGUGGGCUCAGGCCUCAACCCUGCAGCCCCGCCCUUUAUCCCCACCACACUGCCACUCACAGAGCACCAGGAGCCACCGCUGCCAGAGCCCCCCCUCCUGGAAGUGAAAGCAGAGAAUAAGGACAAACAAGAGAAGGCAGAUUUCUUCCCGAAGACAGAUAACUUGAACAUAUUUGAGAAGACGGAGAAGAAAGAGAAAGAAGAUGAAUCUAAGAAAGUCGACAAUGCCGACAAGACCUCAAAAUCUGAGAAGAUUCUCAAAGAUGAAGAGAAGUUCCGUAAGACGGAGAAGAAUUAUACAAAUGAAAAAGUGGACAAGCCAGAGAAGACAAACAAAGAUGAGAAGAUGGAGAAGAAAGAAAAUGGGGAGAAAACUGACAAGAUGGUCAAAGCUGAAAAUAACGAAAAGGCUGGGAAAGGUACUGCAAAGUCCCCAACAACCAACGGAAGCAAGCAGGACCUCACCAGCCCAGACAGCAAGGCCAAGCCUGCUGUUGGGUCAACCAAACCAAACUCUGCCAAAACACGGCCCAUCUCUUUGUCCACUGGGGACGCAGCUGGCCCCCCAAAACGUUCCUCCCCCACCUCAAGCUCUGCCAAUAAAAAAAGCCCCGUUACCAAGGCAACCACCCCCACUGCUUGCACCAAGCAGCCAACGCCCGCUGCCAGUCAAACCCCUAAAGCCACCAAGUCCAUGACUCCGGAAAACAGUCCUCCUGUGCCAAAGGCCAACGGCACGGCAAAUAAGAAUGGUUCCUCUACAACCACCACUACUAAAUCUGCUGGUCCACGCCCCUCUGCUAGUGCCCCCUCUCUGCGCCGCAACACCGUUCCCAAGACUGAUAUCAAGCCAGGUGAUGUGAAGAAGCCUAGUACGCUGAAGACAACACCAAUCAAGCCCAGGGUGCCUCGCACCUCCGCCACUGCUCCAAGCACUCCUGCCACCAACGGGGAGCAGCCUCGCCGACGCAUCACCAAACCCCCAGUGCCCAAGCAGACCGCUAUGGAGAGGAAGCCACCUGUACCCAGAGCACCUAGGACUCCCAGACCUAUCAACACACCCCUGCCGGACCUGAAGAAUGUGCGCUCCAAGAUCGGCUCCACAGACAACAUGAAGUACCAGCCUACCAGCGGCAAGGUCUCCUCGGCGGGGGCUUCCCAAUCCAAAGACGGCCCGGGCAAAGUUAUGAUAGUCCACAAAAAACUGGACUUCAGCCAUAUCACCUCUCGCUGUGGCUCCAAGGAUAAUAUCAAGCAUGUCCCUGGUGGAGGGAAUGUCCAGAUUCAGCAUAAGAAGGUGGACUUGAGCAAAGUGACCUCCAAGUGUGGCUCUAAGGAUAACAUCAAGCACAAGCCAGGGGGUGGAGACGUGAAGAUUGAGGCUAAGGCCAAUGGUAAUGGAAAUGGAAAUGGAAAGCCCAAGGUGGGGUCAAUGGACAAUAUUGUCCUUGAGGCAGGGGAUGGACAAAUCAAGGCUGGGGGGAUGCCAGAGAAAGCUGCAGGGAAAACAUCUCCCCCUGGUGGAGCUCCAGCUACAGGCGCAGGAAGCAUGGCUAAGGAGAACGGGAAUAAGGCCACGCCUCAACCUAACCCCUUUGGGGGUGACCCGAUGGGCAUGGACAAACGCAUCCCUGAGACAAAUUGAGUCUUACUAAGCUGAGCUUUCGCGAGAACGCACGGGCUCGCACCACCAACGGCGCCGACCUUAUCUCUUGGCCCACCCCGAUUGGCAGCCCCCCCUCACCCCCAUCGCAGCACCUCUCUCUGUGUUUCUCUGGGGUCCGCCAGCUUCCUCCUCCACACCCUCCAGCUCCGACCCAGCCCCUCGUCACCCAGCCAUGGGGAAGGGGGAAAAAUACUGAAUGCUAGCAGGACAAGGACUUCUUUAGCACAUUCCAACUUACUCCUUUUACCUCACAAUACAGUAUCGCAUCACUACUCUUUACCCUCGUUGAAUAUCUGUCUUAGUCUUCUGGUCUCAGAAGAGCCAGUUUUAAAGUAUUAGAGACCAGAGUUCAGACAGAUAGAGCAAGGUAUUUCUGUACAGUGGGGUUUUGUCUCUUCUGGAUUGACCUGGCUUAACUUGCUGUAAUAUAAGGGGAGUAGUAUGACCUCAGAGUGAACCUUCUAGAAUCUAGACCCUCAGUGUUCUGUUGUAGUUAUGUCAGCGCCUGCUUCUUUUGUUCCAGCCUAUAAGCACUGUUCUUAUACGUACAGUAGUGCAGUCUUGAUCAAAAUCACAAACACCUACAGUGUCGCACUGUAUAUUAGUAUGACUAUCACAAUGAGCCACUGCUAUGUAUGUGACAGGCCUAACCCUAGAUGUAAAACCUUCCUUACCAUAUCUAACCCUCUGGAUGAGCAUACCCUCCCCUGUACUGUAGGGACCCCAGAUUUCACUUAUACAGUACAUUAUGAUGAUUAGUGAAACACCCCUUAUUGUGAGCAUGUGGGACUGUCAUGUCAUCCCAAUGAACAGCGGCUAAUAUGCCACCCCCUCACUUAACCAAUUCAGUAUGUCUAGAUAACCUUCUGUAAACCUGUGACCCCCCACACAACCCUCUCAACAAUAAGAAACUAGUAGGCUGUUACAAACAGUAGGAUAUUUAACAUCUCUUUUAAAAAAAAGUCUGUAUUGUGUUUUCGUAAAUUAUUGUAACAAUGAGCUGAUGUGUUGUUAUGUUGUUUAAUCAUCAAUAUACCCUUUUUCCUUUACUGUUACAUCUCUCUGAAAGCAAUACAGUGAGUGGUCUGUGCUGAGGAUACAACUUCCUCUUACACACCCGUACUCGCACAUGUAAACUACAGUACGGUACAGUCAGAGAGAGAGAGAGAGAAAAAACCCUCUCGGGGUCUGUGCACAGAGACUGGAUGCCUGAGGCAGGACAGAAUAGUAAGCAGGAGGCAGCAAACAAAGUGAGGAAAGGCCUAUGAUUGCACCAGGAGAGUGGAGAUACUCCAAUGACGAUCAAGUCUGUAGUGCCGGCCAAAUCAUUGGGACAGGGAAGACGAAUAGAGAGCCAUGUUGAAGGAAAGCAAGAUUUACAUAGAUUUAACAAUAUUAUCGUAAAAAUCCAAAUCCAAUUUUAAGUCAAUAUCAAGAGACGUUUGUGAAGGACAAAGAUGGUCAUUGAUCUCCAAUGUAACAAUUGUACAUUUUAAUUAUUCUCAACUAAUCCACUGUUAAAUAUGAAUUGAUUUGAACGGCUGCUUAUUCUACUGGUUCCACUGUGAAUAGUGACAUUAUUGUGUAACAAUAGGGCACAAUUGCUUAACCAAGCAAAUAUAUAUAGCAAUAUAUAUAUAUAUAAGCUAAUUACUCCGUUUAACUUGCUAUCGGUUUUGUAAAGAGGAUGGCGGAUGGAAUUGUAUAACAUUACAUGACUAUGACUUAGGAUCCGGUGUGUGUGUGUGUGUGUAGUAGUUGAACGAUCUUUGGGAUGGUCUCAUUUUGGGAUCAACAUUUAGACGUCUGUGGAGUCUGUCGGAUUUGUGGUACGUUGCCGGAUCAAGAUCAAGGGCACCCGGGUAAAAUACUGCUAGUUUGGCUCUUAGAGUAUGAAAAUUGCCGUUCCUUUUGGAGAUAUCCAUCACACUACUCCAACAAGAGGGAUAAUGGCCACAGAUUUCAAUGUGUAAUUGUGCCUUGUAGAUUCUCAAGGCUGAACUGUAACAGGUGUACAGUUCCCCCAAAAAGUAUAUUUGUGUCCCACCCUAAAACACUUUUACUUUGAUGUAUUUGUUGUUGUCGGGUGUAAUCUGAAUCUAUUUGAGUGUGUGCACUGCAGUGGAGGAAAUAGUAGUGAUCGUCAAUGGCAGAGAUAAUCAAAGAGCAAGUCAUCAAAUUACCGAGAAAGAAAAGCAAAAGCGCCUUAUGAUAUUUAUAAGGUAUUCUUUCCCCCAACAUUCCCACGGUUAGUUAAAAAAUUGUAAUGAAAUGAAUUCUUCCUGAAGACUAAGCCUUACACUGAUGAAAGCAGAUGAAAGCACUUUGAAUGCACAGUGGCAUGUACAUUUCAUGUUUGAGCUCUACAGUAUGUUUGAGUGAACUGUUGCCAUGAUUGGAUGAACAGAUUUGUCUUUUAGUCUCCUUGGUGGUAACCUUGCUCACUGGUCACGUUAGUGGACUUUGGUGUCAUGCUUUGGGUACAGUGGUCACUCACGCUCAGUCUGUUCUCUUUGUGCCUGUUUGGCAUCACGUUUAUGAACACUCACCUUUCCAACGCUUAAAUGCUACUUGCACCACCACCCUUCCAUCAGUCUUCACACAUUCGUUUGUAUAUAGACAUCCACAUGUUUUCAUCACCACAGGAGAACAAGGUAUUGAUGUUAGGGUCUUUAUGGAUGUUGAGAAAUGUCUUUCACGUUCAUGAACCCAUUUCCGGAGAGUGUUUUCUUUCUGGAGUCUGCCUUUUUUCAGAAAGGGCUGAAGUACAAGAAUGUUUUUACAAUUUAAUAUAUUAAAGAUGCAAGAUAUGAAUAUAAUAUGUAUGAACUUUUUGCUUUGUUGUAAAAAUCACAAUAAGACACUUAUACUCAAUAUAAAUUUGACUGACAGUAGGAAGUGUGUGUCGAGUCCAGCAUGGGGACCGCAGCAGACUGUGAAUAGCUUAAGCGUUCAGCGAUGGUUAACUUCUCAAUGGAUGGUCUAGGUGUGCUUUUACCCACUCCAACUCUAUAGUGGAUAAACUGAUAUUUGCUUGAAUAAAUUAACACUUUUAUCUGCCUCUUACACUUAGACUUACUAUAUGUCGGAAAUCUACAAGAAACAAAGAAUCAUCCGAUUUAAUGCAUAUUCUUCCAAAUGUUUUGUGUCACUGGUGAGCUUAUCGAGUGCUCAACUGUAAUCAUGAACCAGGCAUUGUGAGGAUAGGUUGAAGGUCAAGCUCCCACAUGCGGCACCUGACACACACAGCCCUUGAAUGUCGUCCAGACCCACCCCCCCCCGUGAGACUAACAGUAACUGUCUUUUGGCAUGUGUUAUGUAGUGUGCUUCUGUAAAGCAUCAAGGAGCCCAUAGCUGUGCUUCUUCUUAGAGCACACCUGCAGUGUGUAUUAUUCUCCAUAGUGCACACCAUAAGAGCAUGCAGAAGACAAUGGAUUGUAAACAUCUGUCAUAGAUAAGAGGAGUUAAUUGUUUCCCUUUCGAUUUGAGUAAUGUAAUUUGGUAUGAAAGAGAUGUUCAUUGUGAUUCAUUGUUAACUAGUGAUGUGAAUAUUAAUCAUGAAAUAAAAGACAAGCAAAACA